AUGUUCCGGCUGAAGUCGUCAUUAGGAGGAGAAGCUGGAAGAUUAAUUCAGCAUUUACCGGUAACUGAAUACAACUAUGAAGCCGCUUGGCAAAUCCUCCAGGAAAGAUAUGAAAACAAAAGGCUGCAAUCCACAACACAAGUGGACAGACUUUUUGAUCAACCAACAGCAAAUGGGGAAAGUGCGGCAAGCAUGAAGCAGCUUUUGGAUACCACCAAGAAAUGCAUUUAUGCUCUAAAAGGGCUUAAAUUGAAUUUAAAUGACGAGCAAGCAAUUAUAGCUCGGAUAGUUGUUCGGAAACUAGACAAAGAAAGUCUCCGGUUAUAUGAGCAGAAUGUCAAGAAAACUAGGGAUAUCCAAAGCCUAGAUGAUGUUUUCCGUUUUCUGGAGCAGCAAUAUCAAGCUCUAGAAGCUAUACGAGACAGGAAAACAACUAAAUGGAGCAAUCAAAAGCAGCCACAACGAGCACCCACAUUCUAUACAGCUGCACAAAAGACCUGUAUAUAUUGCAAGAUUCCUGGGCAUCAAAUUGUUGAAUGCAGAAGGUUCCAGGCAUUGACUACGAUAAAUCGUAGAGGUUUCAUAGUAAACAAUAAGCUAUGCAAUAUUUGCCUCGACCACGUAUAUGAAGGCAAUUGCAAGAAUAAGAAAAAAUGCAGUAAGUGUGGAAGAAAUCAUCAUAAUUUACUGCAUUACAAUGAAUUCCAGAAGGAAAAAGGAGCAGUUGAAGAAAAUGCUAUAAAAAAAAAAAUCAUGAUGACAAAAAACUCCGAAACAGCAAUAAUUCUAGCAACAGCCCAGAUAAGAGUGAAGGCGGCAAAUGGAGAGUACGUGACAUUGCGAGCACUAAUCGAUCAAGGAUCACAGAAGACUACCAUUCCUAAAGAAGCCGCUCAAAUACUACACUUACCAAAGAGAAGAGAAGUAACUGAGCUACAAGGGCUAGGAAUUACUACAGUGGGAGUCUCCAAAUUUAAAGUCAACAUUGAAAUCAGGCCGAGAUUCCUAAGCAACGAAGUAUACAAUGUCGAAGCACUGAUUUUGCCGAAAUUGGCGAGUGCACAACCUGAUAAAACAUUUAAAUGGGAUAUAGAACAAUGGAGAAACUAUACCUUAGCUGAUCCCAACUUCAAUAGGUCAGAUCGAAUCGACGUCGUUAUUGGAGGAGAUGUAUAUGCUGACAUAUUAGAAGAAGGCAUAUUUAAGAAAGAUCGAAUACUAGGCCAAGCUACGAAAUUAGGAUGGAUAUUGUCGGGAGUUUUACAACAACCGAGAAAAAAUGGUAGAAUUCUAGCGGCGGUGACCACAACGUUGGAGAAGUUUUGGGAAAUAGAAGACACCACAGCACCAACAUAUAUAGAAGAUGAUGAUGAAUGCAUGAAGAUAUUUGAUAAAACGACAACAAGAGAUGAAAAUAAUAGAUUUGUCGUCAAUCUACCUCUUAAAAAAAAAAAAGACUUAGGCGACUCUCGCAAACAAGCAAUGGCGAGGUUUCUUAAUCUUGAGAAAAAGUUGGCUUCAGAUGACAACCUAAGAAAACAAUAUGUGCAAUUUAUGAGAGACUAUUUAGAAAUGGGCCACAUGAAAAAAGCAAGUGGAAAUAAUUGCGGAAAAUACUAUUUGCCACAUCAAGCCGUAAUUCGAGAAGGCAGUCUCACAACUAAACUACGAGUAGUUUUCGAUGCAUCUGCAAAAACUACAAAUGGAAGUAGUUUAAAUGACAUCCUUUUAAUAGGCCCGAGACUUCAAAAAGAUAUAUUUGACAUAAUUACCAAAUGGAGACUUUGGCAAUAUGUGUUAACAAGUGAUAUUGAAAAGAUGUAUCGACAAAUUAAAGUAGCAGAAAGUGAUCAAGAUUAUCAACGUAUAUUGUGGAGAGAAGCGAAGGAAGGGCCGAUAGGAGAAUACAAGCUGCAAACAGUUACGUAUGGAACAGCAUCCGCUCCUUUUCUUGCAACGAGAACUUUACAAGAAACUGCCAAAUCCUGCGAGCCUUACAAUUAUUUGCUUUCAAACAUCAUUAAAAACGACUUCUACAUGGACGAUUUAAUGACAGGAGCAGAUUCAAUAAAUGAAUGUAAAGUCAUUCAGUUCGAAAUUUCGAAACAACUAAAAAAAUGUGGAUUUCACUUAAGAAAGUGGAUGUCUAAUAACAGUGAGAUUAUAACAACAAUUCCAACAAAUAGCGAAAAUGAGGUAAUAAAAAUAGCAGAAGACGAAACAGUUAAAACAUUGGGUAUACAAUGGGACCCGGCCAAAGACAUGUUUGGAUUUAAUAUGAAUCUUUCAACGGAAAAGCUAGUAACAAAAAGGAAAGCUUUAUCUGAUUUGGCGAGAAUUUUCGAUCCGAUGGGGUGGCUUUCACCAAUGACUGUUUUAGCAAAGUUGUUUAUACAAAAACUUUGGUUGAUGAAACUCAACUGGGAUGAGUUACUCGACGAAAAUUUGGCAAAAGAAUGGCAGGAGUUUAUGCAGCACGUACCAGCGAUAAAAAGAAUAAAAAUUCCCAGAUGGUUUGAAACAAAAAACGACUUUAAAAUUGAACUACAUGGAUUCGCAGAUGAGUCAGAAAAAGCGUACGCGGCAGUUGUAUAUGCUAAAGUUGGAUCAGUUAUAACGAUAAUUGCUGGUAAAACCAAAGUGAACCCGAUUAAAAAUAAGAAGACAUUGCCAAAACUGGAGCUAUGCGCGGCUCACCUACUUUCUAAAUUGCUGCAAAGGAUAAAGACAGUUAUCAAUAGAGAAGUUAAAAUAUUUGCUUGGAGCGACUCAUCUAUAACGUUAGCAUGGAUAAAGAAUUCCCGAAGUAAAGAUAAGUUCAUUAAAACGAGAGUAGAAGAAAUCAAAUUAUAUGCUUCCACUGCAAUAUGGCAACACGUUAGAACAAAGGACAAUCCAGCUGAUGUAGCAUCCAGAGGGAUAUUUGCGAACAAACUAGUGGAGCACGAGCUAUGGCGGAGAGGUCCCAAAUGGUUACAAGGAGAAGAACAUCAAUGGCCAACACAGAAUAGCGUUAAAAUCGAUGCAGUGUAUGUCACAACAUCAAAAGAAUCACAUUUUUUAGAUGAGUACCCAAUUGAUGCUGUUGUACGCAAAUCCAAUAUAAUAAUGCUAUCAGAAACGUGGUUGCGUGAUGACGAAGAUGUCAGCGUACCAAACUUCAACUGCGAUAUCAAAUUUAAACGGCCGAAUGUUCGAGCAGGAGGAGUGGCAAUAUACCAUAAUCAAUAUGAUACUUCUACAGUCACGCUGGUGCUAAUGCUCUUGGUGCUCGCAGUAGAGGAGAAGAUAAGAUGCCGCUAA